CAUGUUUUUAUUCCGGACAAAUUUGACGGGCGGACUCACCCAUGUUUACAUUUUCUUGUGUCUUAUACUCUGGUUUUGUUCAGCUUUGUAGCAGAACCUUUCUAUGAGAUGGGCAAACUGAGAAAAAAGCACAACUGGAAAGGGAGACAGCAGAGCGAACCUCAACAACCAGCACACGCAGAAAAGACUGAAAUUGUAUUAGAACUGCAAGAUGUGACAAGACUGAAGGGUGUGGACGAGAGCAACGCCUUGGUGCUGCCGGCCUGCAAAGGCAAAAAGAAGUCGUCUUUAGUGCCUCCUGUUUCCAAUAAGAAGCCUCUCACCAAGAAGCGGAGGAAAGAGCUGCAAAAAGUUCUGGAAAGGAAGCAGAAGAAAGCUCAGAGAGCUGACAUCCUGACACAACUGGCUGAAGUGCAGGUUCCAGAGUCUGAACUAAAGCUCCUUUACACCACAUCCAAACUAGGCACGGGGGAGAAGCUUUACUACACAAAACAGUUACCGGACGAAGUGAUAGGUGGAGCUUCUGGACCAAAGAUCAGCAGUGUCAGCGGGGCCAACAGGAAAAGAAAAUGGAAAGUGGAAGAGGAGGAGCAGGAAGUAGAAGAUAUUAGUAAUGUCUCAUCUAGUGAUGAUGAUGUUGAUAGUGAUGACGAGGAGGAAGAACAUAACGACGCGAACAAAACCAUGGUGACAAGUGAGUGUAAGGAAACAAGUUCUCCUUGUGAGGAGGUAAAAGAGGAGGUGAACAAAGAACAGCAGCAGAUGCAGAAAGAAGAACAGGCUGAGAAGAUGAUGAUGUCCAAUCACUUGAAAAUGAUGUCACAGCCGGCCGUCUUCAUCCCGGUUGACAGAUCACCACAAAUACAGGAGGCUCGUUUGAAGUUGCCGGUGUUGGCGGAGGAGCAGAUCAUCAUGGAGGCCGUGAGAGAGAACCCCUGCGUCAUCCUCUGUGGCGAGACGGGAAGUGGCAAAACAACACAAGUGCCUCAGUUUCUCUACGAAGCCGGCUACGCGAGUGACACUGGCAUCAUCGGCAUCACUGAGCCAAGAAGAGUAGCAGCUGUCAGCAUGUCACAGAGAGUCGCCAAAGAGAUGAAUCUGUCCACACGCGUGGUGUCCUAUCAGAUCCGAUACGAGGGCAACGUGACGGAUGAGACCAAGAUCAAGUUCAUGACGGACGGUGUUCUUCUGAAGGAGAUCCAGAAGGACUUCCUGCUGCGACGUUACAGCGUGAUCAUCAUAGACGAGGCCCACGAGCGAAGUGUGUACACGGACAUUCUCAUUGGAUUGCUCUCUCGUGUAGUUCCCCUCAGAAACAAGAAAGGUUUGCCCAUGAAGCUGUUGGUCAUGUCGGCUACUCUGCGUGUGGAGGAUUUCACCGACAACCAGAAGCUGUUCAAGGCGCCUCCGCCCAUCAUUAAGGUGGACGCUCGCCAGUUUCCCGUCACCAUACAUUUCAACAAACGCACCCCGCUGGACGAUUACACGGGAGAGGUGUUUCACAAGACCUGCAAGAUCCACCGCAUGCUGCCUUCAGGCGGCAUCCUAGUGUUUCUAACCGGCCAGGCAGAGGUUCACAGCCUCUGCAGACGACUGCGAAAAGCUUUCCCCUUCAGGAAGGGCAUCACAACCACUGGGGAUGAGGAGGAGGAAGCUGACACCUCAGAAGGAAUGAAGAGAUUCAAGAAGACCAAACAAAAGAAGAGAGUUUCCCUGCCUCGUAUCGACCUGGACAACUACUCUGCCCUGCCCGUGGACGAAGGAGACGAGGACAGGGAGGCGGGGAUAGCUGAGAACGAGGACGAAGGCUCCGACUUGGACAUCGGAGACGAUCCUGGCGACACGGAGGAGAAGGCCGACCCGUCCAUCCCCAUGUACGUCCUCCCGCUCUACUCUUUGCUGGCUCCUGAGCAACAGGCCAAGGUGUUCAGGCCCCCUCCUCCCGGCACUCGUCUGUGUGUGGUUGCCACCAACGUGGCUGAGACCUCGUUGACCAUCCCCGGCAUCAAAUACGUGGUGGACUGCGGCCGCGUGAAGAAGCGCUUCUUCGACCGCGUGACUGGGGUGUCCUCCUUCAAGGUCACGUGGACCUCGCAAGCAUCAGCCAAUCAGAGGGCGGGUAGAGCGGGCCGAACGGAACCGGGACACUGUUACAGGUUGUAUUCGUCUGCAGUAUUUGGUGACUUCAGUCUGUUCUCGGAAGCAGAAAUCACUCGCAGGCCUGUGGACGACCUGGUCCUGCAGAUGAAGGACCUCAACAUAGAGAAGGUGGUCAAUUUUCCCUUCCCGACUCCUCCUUCUACCGAGGCUCUUGUGGCAGCAGAACAGUUGUUGGUCUCUCUAGGAGCUCUCAAAGAGCCACUUCGCAAUGGAAGCGUAAAAGAGAUUGAGCGAGCAAGACUAAGCUGCCCCAUCACCUCGCUGGGUCGAGCCAUGGCCUCCUUCCCCGUAGCACCGCGCUACGCCAAGAUGCUGGCACUGGGCCAGCAGCAGGAGUGCUUGCCCUACGUCAUCGCCGUAGUCGCUGCCAUGACUGUCCGGGAGAUUUUUGAGGACCUCAAUAGACCUGCAGGUAGCGAAGACGAGACCUCCAAGCUCUCCCAGCGUCGCGCUCGGAUGGCCCAAAUGAGGAGGCUGUGGGCGGGGCAAGGGCCGUCACUCUUGCUGGGGGACGUCAUGGUCAUGCUGGGUGCUGUCGGCGCGUGUGAAUUCGCCGGCUGUACCCCCAAAUUUUGCGAGGAGAACGGCCUGAGGUACAAAGCAAUGGUGGAGAUCCGCCGACUCAGGAGUCAACUCACCAAUGCAGUGAACACGGUGUGCCCGCAGAUGGGCGUGUUCGUCGACCCCAAGAUGUCUCCCCCUACGGAGCACCAGGUGGUCUGCUUGCGACAGAUCACUCUUGCGGGCCUCGGAGACCAUCUGGCGAGGAGAGUACAGGCGGAGGAAUUGUUGGAUCCGAAAUGGAAGAACGCUUACAUGACACCACUCAUGGACGACCCGGUGUUCAUUCACCCGACAUCACCGUUGUUCAAAACGCUGCCCGAGUUUGUCGUCUACCAGGAGAUAAUGGAAACCACCAAGAUGUACAUGAGAGGCGUGUCUGCCGUCGAAGCCGAGUGGGUCCCUCGGCUCCUGCCUCAGUACUGCCAUCUCGACCCUCCUCUGGAGUCACCGGCGCCGUGGUUUUGUUCCUCUACGGGUAGCAUCAGAUGUCACCGCUCAAGUACCUUCUUCCGAGUGGCCUGGCAGCUUCCUGCAGUGGAAAUGGAGUAUCCCGACGGUCUGGAGAGAUACAAACUGUUUGCCCAGUUUAUUCUAGAGGGACAGGUGUGUCCUAAACUGAAGGCCCACAGGAGCCAUCUGCUGUCAAACCCCUCCAUUAUGAUGAAAUCAUGGGCCAAGCUGCAGCCUAGGACGGAAGCUGUCCUGGGAGCUCUGGUGUCCCAGAGAGUCGACUGUAGGGACGCCCUCCUCUCCCUGUGGAAGACUGACAGUAAAUUCUUGCUUUCUGCAUACUGCCUGUGGCUACCUGAGGCCAUGCAUCAGGAUGUCGCCAAAAAUUGGCCUCCAGUAUGAAAGCGAACUUGUGAAAGGAAAGAAGACCUGCAUACAUCCACUGGUUGUCAUUAAAUGACCAUUUUCACUUCUUUGUAUUUUAUAAACCGUGUACAUGCAUCGUAUAAUAGAAAAUACAUCAAUCAGGGCUCAGUUGACUUUUAAUUGUGCUCCUGUUAAUAAUGUGCACCUGAUUUGGUCUUCAUAAGACUCAUUAAAAUAUUAAUACUU